CGUGAGGAGGCGGCCGCCGCGGGAGUCCCUUGUCCCGGCCCUGCCCCGGUCCCCGCCCCGGGUUUCCCCGCGGGAAGACGGCGUCCAGCCACGUUCUCCUCCUCCUCCUCCUGCUGCUGCGGAAGUGCCCGGCUGGGAAGUUUGCGGCCGGCGGCGGGGGGAGGCCGAGGGGGCUCUGUGGAAGUACGAUGCCGCCCAAAGGUCCCGGCGGAGGCAAGCUGCCAGUCCCGCUCCCUAAAGACAUGAUCCUGAAAGACACCGAAGGAAAAACCUGGAGGCUGGGCAGUCAGAUCGGCCAGGGAGGAUUUGGCUUGAUCUAUUUAGUUGCAUUUUGCUGCAUACAGCUUGAUCUCCAUCUCUUUGCAGCAUCCUCUCAAACUCAGGUUCCUGUAGAAGAUGAUGCAGUGCACGUCAUUAAAGUGGAAUAUCUUGAAAAUGGCCCCUUAUUUUCUGAGCUGAAGUUUUACCAGAGGGCUGCAAAACAAGAGCAUAUAAGAAAAUGGAUGAAUCUCAAAAAAAUAAGGUGUUUAGGAAUUCCAGUGUUUUGGGGAUCAGGCCUGGCUGAGUACAAGGGAAAAAGCUACAGGUUCAUGGUCAUGGAGAGACUGGGGCAAGACCUUCAAAGAAUCUUUGAAGAUUGUGGAAGCAGAUUUAAGAAGGAGAUUGUUCUGCAACUUGGGGCACGAAUGUUGGAUACUUUGGAAUACAUACAUGAAAAUGAAUAUGUCCAUGGUGACAUUAAAGCAGCAAAUCUUCUUCUGGGCUACAGCAAUCCACACGAGGUUUAUCUUGCAGAUUACGGACUUUCCUACAGAUAUUGUCCCAAUGGGAACCACAAACAGUAUCAGGAAAAUCCUAGGAAGGGCCAUAAUGGGACAAUAGAGUUUACCAGCAUAGAUGCCCACAAGGGAGUAGCCCCAUCCAGACGAGGUGACCUUGAGAUCCUUGGCUACUGCAUGCUGCAGUGGUUGUGUGGGAAGCUGCCCUGGGAGCAGAACCUCAAGGACCCUGUAGCUGUCCAGACUGCGAAAACAAAACUUAUGGAUGAGCUCCCAGAUUCAGUGCUGAGGUGGGAUUCUCCUGGAAGCAGCUGCAGUGAAAUAGCCAAGUUUCUGGCCUCUGUUUCUGGCUUAGCUUAUGAUGAGAAGCCGAAGUAUCAAGUGCUGAAGAAAAUCCUGCUGGAUGGCCUGGAGUCAAGUGGGAUGCGCUACGACGGCCCGCUGGAAUUUUCCGCAGCAGCAGCGUGCACACGGAAUCACUGCGCUGCUAAGGUGUCCAAAGUUCGCCUCCCAAAGCCUCCACCAAAACCAGCUCAGAAGAAGGGAAAAAAGCUGGAAGGUGAAGAACCUGCCUGUCAAAACAAAGUGUGUGUGGGAGAGUCAGGCACACAGCUCCUGGGAGAAGAAAAGCCAAGUAAACUGAACAGGAGGCCUCCCAAGGCAGAGCUGCAGCAGGCUCCCUUGCCCAGGCCUUCCCCAAAACCAGUGCAGCAGAAGGCAAACAGGGGCCACGAGGAGCAUUCCAGCUGCCUGAGCAGGCCCCACACUCGGGGAACACACCAACAAUUCCAGGUGGAAGAGAAGCCACUUAGAUUUUACACUACUCAUCAGGAGCCUGAGCACCCAAAAAAGGAAGACACUGCAAGAGAGCUGCCACCAUUUGACCCCUACAGAAUACACUCAGAAUGCAGAAAGAAACACAAUCACCUUGUAACUGCAGUUCCUCCAGCAGCAUCCCCGGCUGGUGCUGACACCACUCGUCCCUCUCUCGCUGUUGUGUUUAGGCUGGCAUUUGCUGAUGAAACCUACCCCUACACUGCAGCUGUUCUGGUGCUUCUGCUGCUCAUUGUACUGUCCUUGUAUUGGCUUUGAUGUUGCUGCUCCCGUGUCUUCAGUGGGAGUGCACUGGUGUUCCCACUAUGCAGUUUUUUCCUAGAGCUUCUUCAUUGAAGAUUUCAGUGUCAGGGGCUUGAAAAAGAAGUUUUAAAUAAUCCUGUCAGUACAUACCUUGUACAGACAAGUUCUCAUCUGCACUCUAUAGUUACGGAUUCUCUUUUGGAUUAUUUGGAUUAUUUUUGUUGGAGUUUUUUUUAGCCGAACCUUUUGUUACAGCACCAUUAAAAAAGUAUCGUUAAAUACAA